GCUGAUGCCGGCAGUGCUGCAGACUCUAGACAUCACCUCUUUCCUCUCUGCUAAUGAGAUCUACAUGCUGAGUGCCGUCACAGCCCUGCAACACGUCACUGAGACCCUGCCUCACUUCAUCACCCGGGACAAUAGGACACCGCUACAGCGUAAUGUGACUUGACUGAGGCGGGUGGCAGAGAAGGCCGCCACCACCACCCCACAUCUGGCCGUGUGACUGGCCUCCCUCAGGACCACCGUGGCCACCAAGGUUUCCUCCCAGGAUCCUGCUGUCAACCCUCGAAAAAGUACUAGAAUAAGAUGGACUCCAAACAGGUAUGUGGUGCCUAACCUACAGUAGCCUAUGUGAUAUGUAAGGAUGGAGUAAAUACAUAAUGGAUAAGAUGUUCACACUGUGUGGUCAUGUAAGGUAUUGAUUUGGUACAAUUAUGAGUGUUUCAUUUUCACACAGCCAGCUUGAUCCCCUGAUGGGCAUCUUGAAAGAGCACAUUGGUCACAUGCAGAAGGAUCAGCUGACCUCCCACCAAUCAGAGCUCACGUACUUCUUGAUUUCUCUGUCCCAUGAAUUGAUGACCGUUGGUACGAAAGACAUCGCUUUGUUUUGACUGCUGUUUGUUUUGCAGGGUGAUCUGGAGAAGACUAAGGAGAUGGAGCGUGAUCUGAUUGACUGUCUCCUGGCCUUUGUCAUAAAGCUGUUUGAAGUCUCCUUCAGGCCACUGUUCUUCAAAGUCUUUGAUUGGGUCAUGACUGAGAGCGCAGCCAAGGACCACCUGCUGACCCUCUACCGCCUGUCGGACAGCAUCACAGACUGGCUCUAGUCCCUAGGGGCUUUCCAUCCUGUUCGCUGGUCAAGCCCUUCUCUGACUUGCUCUGCCAGACCAACAUCACUAAAACAGACGAAGCCUUCUUUGACACAGAGGACAACAUUGAGAAGAGCUGCCGCUGCUGGAGUACAUACUGGACUGCCUCCAUAAGAUCUGCCUGUACGACACAAAGCACUUCGUCAGCACGGAGAGCGCCAAUGCCCUCAUGACCCCUCUGGUCGAUCAGUUGAACACCCUAGGUGGAGAAGAGGUUUACCAUACCAGAGUCACCAAGCACCUGGUGCUGUGCGUGGGCCACUUCUGCUUUGCCGUAGUAGACGACACUCGGUGGUAGACCCUCAACUACAAGAUCCUGCUGAAGACACGACACAGCUCGGCCAAGACCACGAUUAGCUGGUGUGUUAGAGCUGGAUCGGCACAAAAACCCACCUGCAGCUCUCCAGGACCAGGAGUGAUCAUCCAGUGACUGUAUUGUCGUCGUCGCCCCCGCCCCCCCCGUCAGGUGCGUUUCUCUACCCUGCUGAUGCUGCUGGGGCUGCCUAACUAAUCCGAGGGAGGACUACAUGGUCCUCCUGCCAGGGACUGCCCCCUUCCUGAACUCAUGGAGGACAAAUGCGAGAAGGUGGAGCAUCAAGUCCAGAAGAUCAUCCACGAGAUGGAGAACAUUUUGGGAGAGCCUCUUCUGAGUUAUUUAUCAUCUGCAUCCCACUCCCCACCUCUUGACCACCAAACAAGGGCCCAGAUUGGCCCCUAGCCCACUAUGUAGUCCCCCUCCAUCAGAAGCCUGAGCCUCAGCCCCUGUCCCCAGUUUAGCCAUUAUCUGUUUCCCAGAACCAUGUGUCAACCCUGCCUCAAUCAUUCAUAUCGAUAUCUGGUACAUGUAGGAUAGAACUCAAGCAAUAGGAUAAUAAACGGUUAGCCAAAGAUGUAUCAUGUGGGAAUGAGAAUAGGAAUAUAUUGAUAUUUUUUGUUAUUUCUGUUUUCCCAUAAUGAAAAUCUUUUUAUGGCAACUAUUUAACUCAUGCCAUUUUCAUACAAUCUAACAAAACCAAAUGGUGUAGGGUUGGAGGAGCGCGUUGUGGUUGGAGGAGAACACUUACAUUUUGUCAAGGCGAAGAUGGGUGGCCGAGACCGAGGCGAGUGGACUUUUCAGGUUUGGAUGGAGUCCCGGAAAAAUAGUGUGGUACGCCAUACGGUUAAAACAUGUGCCUAUGACAAUUAAUACAACAUGCCCAAAAAACUAUAGGCUAUUACAGCAGUUCAGCCGCAUUUACAUUUUGUGAAUUGACUGGAUGCUGGGUGGUAUAUACGCUCCAAAUUGCGUUGUGGUUGGAGGAGAACACUUACAUUUUGUCAAGGCGAAGAUGGGUGACAAAGUCCACCGAGGCGAGUGUACUUUCGGGUUUGGAUGCUGAAAUAAUUUUGUGAGUGGACAUUUGUUAAUAAUUUUGUGAGUGGACGAACGUACGCGGGUAGCCUACAGGAGCGCAUUUGUUAAUAAGCGAUUGUUUGACAAUCAGAUGAAAACAUUGACUGAUUGGGUUUAUGCCACAUUAAAAAGCAUAGGCGGCGUGUCCAUAAGGCUAGGAUAAGCUAAGAUUUCCCUAAAGUAAAUUGAAUUGCCAAAGUUAUAUAGCCUAACUAGCUUUCUCCUGUCUAUACAGAAAUAAACAAAUUCGUUCUAACGGCCACUAAACCAGAAAGCAUAAUUUGGCCACAGAGGCUAAUUAGCCUCUUUAAAUAUAUAGCUUUUCUUAUAUAUUAUUUGUCACAUGCGCGGAAUUCAACUGGUGUGGAUUGUUUUAGUCGGAAUGUCCGCAAUUGGGGCAGCGGGCGCUGCAAAUCCCAAAAUAGGUGAUUGUUGAGUUGCGACUGUAGGUGAAAAGCAGAGAUCCAGCCAGGCAUAUCGCAAUAUUUAAAAAUACAAUCACUGAAAAACUGGAAAGCAAAUGGUUAUUGCUGUAAAUGUAUUACUUUUAGUUAUCAAAACUCUUAGGCUACUGUUCGCUCAAUUCAGUUAUCUUAUUGACACCAGCAGAGAAGAUCGGCCAUAUGCCGAACGCUAAAUACAAGGCGGAAUAUUAGGUUAUGCAAUUUUUAAUUCUGAGUGGAACAAAGCCGCUAACCCUUGAUGAUACUGGGGCGGUGCCGAAACUUUUACCUCUAGACGUGGCCCGUUACAGCGGACAUAGGCUCCCAGUUGGGUUUAGGCUACUGUAUCACGCUCAAGCCGGUGUGUCGUCACACUGAUGGUGUGCCUUUUGAUUUCAGUGAACAAUUUGAUAGUGCAAGCAACUGCUGCGCAGCUCUCCUGUGCUCCUGUACAGUGUGUCCCGACACAGGAUAAUGGUCCUUAUAAAGAGCUCGAGAGGAUUACAACUCGCCUUCCGAAUUUAUAAGCGAAGUCAUCAUCACUCAAUUGGAAUUAUUGGAGCGCCUUUUUCAAAAGGACAGCCGAGGGAUGGUGUGGAGAAAGGACCGGACCUCAUUCGCUCCGCCGGAUUGGUGGAAAAGCUCAGAGCGCAAGGCUGUGCAGUCAAAGACUAUGGCAACGUGACGUUUGAGGAGGUGGCCAACGAUGAGCCCAUAGGCAAUGUGAAGAGACCCAGAGCGGUGGGCAGCGCCAACCAACGUCUGUCUGCUGCCGUCCACGCCGUGAAGAAUGACGGAUACACCUGUGUGAUGCUGGGAGGAGACCACAGUUUGGCGAUAGGCUCGAUCCAGGGGCAUGCAGCAGCUAAGAAGGACCUCAGUGUGGUAUGGGUGGACGCCCAUGCAGACAUCAACACACCCCUGACCUCCCCUACAGGCAAUAUCCACGGACAGCCCAUGUCCUACCUCAUCCAUGAGCUGCACUCCAAGAUUCCAGUUCUGCCCAACUUCUCCUGGAUAAAGCCAUGUGUAUCAGCCAAAGACAUAGUCUACAUUGGCUUGAGAGACGUGGAUCCAGAAGAGCACCAUAUCCUGACAUUGCUGGGUAUCAAAGGUUACUCCAUGACAGAGGUGGAUCGCCUUGGAAUAUCCAAAGUGAUGGAGGAGACAUGUGACUACAUCUUCUCAAAGGUGAAGAAGCCCAUCCACCUGAGCUAUGACAUCGAUGCCCUGGACCCAUCCAUCUCCCCGGCCACAGGAACACCAGUAGUGGGAGGGCUGACCUACAGAGAGGGAGUCUACAUCACAGAGCACAUCUGUCAGACAGGGAUGCUGUCUGCAGUGGACAUGGUGGAGGUGAAUCCAAAGAGAGGCAAGACAGAGGAUGAGAUCAGCUCAACGGUCAACGCUGCAGUAGAUCUGAUACGUGGCUGCUUCGGAAGGCUCCGGGAGGGAAACCACCCUGCAGACUACAAGAUGCCCCUGCCUUGAGCUGCCAACUACCACAGAGCCUUCGAUGACAGUGAAGGGCUGUGGCCAGCACCACCUUUCUGCACUUCAAAGUCAUCUUGACUCUUUUUCUGUAAUCCAGUUAACAAAUUGCCCUUUGUAUCAAAUCAUGGAGAGAUUAAAAUAGAUACCAUAUUAUUUUUUUCA